CCUACUGGUUAUUCAAAACGCUUACUGCUGGAGUAUUUAUUAAAAAUAAAUAAUUUCACCAUCAUCUCUAGGUAAUUGUUAAAAGAUGGAUUUGUACCAUUAGCGCGACAACAAAGUGAUGAGCUUAAACCUAUAGUCGCAAAGUUUGCGGUCCUUACGUAAUCCGAAGUCGCGAUGCACUGGCAGAGGCUAUCGACCUUCCCAGCUACUUGAUAUAACUGUUAUGUUGUUGGAAAUAAACUUGUGUUAGGUACUGGGCAACCGGUGUCUCGGGUCAGUCGCGCAUCAUCGCGGGACUUGAUCGCAAUUCUUACGCUAUUACAUAUUUAAACAAAACAUAUUUAGCAAAAAUGUCCAUGUUUAUAGCUUUAACAUUGUGCUCUGUAUUAGUCGUAACUACGGAUUGCAUUUCUAGUUCUAAUUUUGAUCAAAGACAAACAGGAGAAUUUAAUGUGCAAAUUGGUUUGAAAAAUAUAAAAUUAAUUGCCUUGCUUAAAGGGGGGAAAGAAGAAUAUGUGGACUACGAUUACGCUUACGAUUACUCCGAUAUGACGAUAAAACCGCCACACGGCUCGACUCUGAAACCGUUAAACGUAACAAACAUCGCUAUAACCACUGAGUCGCAAUCGAUAGUUAAUAGUUCUACAACACCUAUAAGUACCACAGUGUUACUGGAGCAGACAACAGAAGCCGAAGUAAAAACUAGCACGAAUAUACCUGUGCAGCCAGACGUGAACUUGAAUCAGGCCACCACCACUAAUUCAGUUGAUAUUGCUACAAAGAUAACGGAGGAAACAACAACCACAAUAUUAGUAGAUUCUUUGAAUACCACCUCUGUUGCACUGCAAGCAGCAAUUAAAUGCAGGAGAGGUUUUGCCCAGAACAAAGAAGGAAAAUGUGAAUAUAAGGGACAUGGAACAACGAAUGCAUUACGGAGAAUCGUGAAUUUAGCUCAGAAGAUUAAAAUAAGUAGAGACGUCAAAGAACCAUAACGAUUUUUAUAACAUCCAGGACAAAUUUGCCGCAUAUUUGGAGCACGUUUUGCAAGAACAGCAGUUACAGGAAAAUAAAUUAUUAUCAAAUCAAAAUGUGGACGGUUAUAAUAAUGACUAUAGAUUAAGCCUAGUUUAUUUUGAAUUUGGAAUGUAAGACUGUUCUCAAUAAAGUUGAAAAAAUAAAUGUGACAAUUA